CGGUAUCCCCCGUACUCUCCGUCAAGUUCCUGAUUAUGUUGUUGGACAAUCUGAAGCUGAAGCUUCUAAAGAAGGGAGGACCUUAGCUGAUUUUUACUAUGGAUGUUUGGGAUAUUCCGUCUACAUGACUGAUAAAGACUCAUCUGCUAUUAAGCAACAUACUAAGACUCAACUUCCCGUUUGUGUCGGUCUUGAGAUACUAGCAGAUAGAAGAGCAGCUUCUGGCAAUACUUCAUCUGUUCCUGCCCGUGUUCAAAGUAGAAGUGAUUCUCGGGAGGUGCCUCAGCACCAGAAGGUCCAGAACCAUAAACCAGCACCAGCACCAGCCACUGCCACAAACACAGAAAAUGGCUUCCUAACGAGGUUCACAAGAAACGCAAGCCUGGUAGCAGGAGGAGUGAUGAAGAACAUGAAGAGAGUUGGUAACUAUGUGAAAGAAACUGUGGACGAUUCCUUGGACCCAUAUCGAAAGCGACCAAAAUGAAGAAACUUUAUUACAUUAGAUGUGAAGACAAG